AGCCGUUGGUUUCCAGCUCGGGAUCAGCCCGCUGUUACUCAUGUAGAGACCCGGGAAGUUACCUUCGCGUCGAAAACCCCCGUUUUUAUUUCACUUUAAUCGCUGUUUUUCGUCGCCGUUCAGCCUCAGACAUCUCAGCGACACGAUGUCCUUCGUCCCCGGUCAGCCGGUCACCGCCGUAGUGCAACGAAUUGAGAUCCAGAAGUUGCGGCAAGGAAAUAAUCUGAUUCUGGGCUUCAGCAUCGGAGGAGGGAUAGACCAGGACCCGGGGCAGAACCCCUUCUCUGAGGACAAGACUGAUAAAGGCAUCUAUGUGACCAGGAUAACACCAGGAGGACCAGCAGACGUGGCAGGAUUGAUGAUGGGAGACAAAAUAAUGCAGGUGAACGGCUGGGACAUGACCAUGGUGACUCACGACAAGGCUCGUAAAAGACUGACGAAGAAGAACGAAGACGUGGUGCGACUACUGGUGACCAGAAAAUCGCUGGAGGAAGCUGUCAAACAAUCUAUGGGUGGUUUUCCCAGACCAUAAUGUUGCGACACUGCUUACAAGCACAGAAUAAUGCAAUAGUCAAGGACUGAACACUCUCAUGUGCAGAGACUCCCCACAUCCAUGUGAUGGUUGCACCGCGGCCUUUAUGACUAUAUCAAUGCAAACAAACAGGAAAAAGACGCAUUAGAUCAUCUUGGUGAUGCAUCCAGACGUCUGAGUUUAAAUGUGUCGGUUUUCACGCUUUCUGACUCCUCAUCUGCUUUCCUUUUCAGAUUUAUUUGUAGCACAUCAGGUAUAGCUGGAAAGGUGACACAGUCAGUCUAAAACUCCAGCAUCUAGCAUGGGAAUAUAAUAAAUACAUUCAAUACAAUUACUAAUCCACUAUUGCUUGUUAAAUUUCAAAACCACCAGACUGAAAUGAGUUUUUGAGUUAUCGAUUCAUUCCCACUUAGAAGAUAUUUGUGAAAUAUCCUCUUUCCAAGUUCUUUGGGAGCAACUGUAGUUUUUCUUGAUGCCAGCUGUGGGAUAUUUUUCCUAUUUGCCUUAAGCUGACCAAAGUUAAUGCACCAAGAAAAGUUCAUCUCUGUUUAGAGACUCCUCAAUGAUGUGCUUUUCGUCUCAUUCAAAGAAAAGAACCAACAUUUUGCAAUCACAGCUGCAGCAUUUAAUGCCAAAGUAAGAGCUGAGGCGCUGUCGUGCAUUCACUGUAUGCAUUGCAGUGUUUGUAAUCAUUUUUCUUUUGUUUUUUGUUUGUUUUUAAAAUAAUGGUACACUAUACUGUAUGAAAUCUGUACAAAAAAUAUCAGUAUGCACAGUUUUUUAAUGUCUUUUCACUUACUUUACUGAUGCAUCUUUGGGUUCUGUUUGUCUUGCUUUUGGUUAAUGUGUGGGAAAGUUAACAUCAUCUCUCUUUCUAUACAUACUACAGUAACAUAUGCAGAUUUUCUUCCAUUUUACAGAACAAUAUUUCAGAUACUGGGCCUCAGCUUCAGUAAGAGAAAGACAGUAAUAUUGUCUCUGUAAUGAAAUGUUUUGAUGUUUCUUAUCACUGACCAAAAGCCGAAACUGUAAAUCUGAACCAAGCAGGAGGGAAUGUUGUUUGAUAACUUGGAAAGAGCACAGCAGCCUUAAACGAACAUUUAAUACCGCCAAGCUUCAUGAUUUCUCUCUGUUUUCCAUUUCAGCAACACAACAGUAAUUCACUGCCUCUGUGAUACAGGGUGUACUGAAUUUAAUUAACACUAUUUUGGCUUAGAAAUCUUAAUGCAUUAACACUAAUAUGAUAAUCUGUUUGGUUUGUACAAUACUAACAACCUUAUGCAAUAAUUAGAUUUGUAAAAUGUCAGUUUUCAUUCCAAAAUAAAACACCCAAAAUACAAAAAAAAACUGAUAUGAUGGUUGAUAUUUUACAGCACUGGUUCCCAACUUUUUUUCACUUUUGAGCCUGUACAGUUGAAUCAUAUCUACUUGCAACUAAUCAUCACAGAUGCCGACCUUAAUUUUGAACGAUAUAUCAAAUAGUGUUUUUUUUUUUUUUUUUUUUAACAUAUCAAAUCAUUUAAAGGAUUUUAGAGGCUUAACAAGGUAUUUUCAAACUUCCUCCAUCAUCAUGGGACUCUAGGGGACAAUGGGAACAACAGACAUUUAGAAAACAAGCAGUAUUUUCACUUUGAAUUGUUUCUGUCUUCCUCCAGAUUUUGUAAACUGCCAACUGAGCAUGAAAAAUUGGCCUUUGAUUGUAUACAGUUUUCAAUUUGAAUGUUUCUCUGAUAUAAAAAGGACUGAAAUCAAAA